UAUGUAAAAAGAUAAAGGGCUAUAUAUAUAUAUAUAUAUAUAUAUAUAUAAACCAAUUGCUCUGUGCCUGUACGCAUUGUUCAUCUUUUAUGCUUCUGCGUGCUUGUCAAUUACUGAGUGAGAUAUAAAACUGUUGAGAGUGAAUUGUAAAAACCUUUCAUUGUUUCGGUGCAAGGAUUGGAUUAUUAAUUUAUUGCCCCAAAAGAGUUUCCUUAUUUCUUUUUGUGUUCUCUGAGAAACAUCAAGUUUAUGUGUAAAGAUCAAGUUUUGCAGCUUGCCAAUGGAUCCAGAGAUGGGAAAGAGCUCGAAACCCUCAAAGAAGGAUUCCUGGAAAUCCAUCUUGCUCUUAGCCUACCAGAGUCUUGGGGUUGUGUAUGGGGACCUGAGCAUUUCCCCUCUGUAUGUUUACAAAAGCACUUUUGCAGAGGACAUCACUCAUUCAGAAACAAAUGAGGAGAUCUUUGGUGUUCUCUCUUUUGUGUUCUGGACACUCACGCUUGUUCCUCUUUGCAAGUAUGUGUUCAUAGUUCUCCGAGCCGACGACAAUGGCGAAGGUGGUACAUUUGCCUUGUAUUCUUCGAUAUGUAGGCAUGCCAAUGUGAGCCUUUUGCCUAAUAGGCAGGUUAUGGAUGAAGAGCUCUCUACAUAUAAGUUAGAAUAUGCUCCUGAGACAAAAGAUAGAUCAAAGAUCAAGGUUUGGCUUGAGAAGCACAAGAACUUGCACACUGCUUUGUUAGUGAUGGUCAUGCUUGGCACUUGUAUGGUGAUUGGAGAUGGUGUUCUCACUCCAGCUAUUUCAGUUUUCUCUGCAGUUUCAGGGCUUGAGUUGGCCAUGUCCAAAGAUCAACAUGAAUAUGCGGUAAUUCCGAUAACGUGCUUCAUAUUAGUAUGUCUAUUUGCGCUUCAACACUAUGGUACGCAUCGGGUUGGAUUUCUUUUUGCGCCCAUAAUUCUAGCUUGGCUUCUGACCAUCAGCGCGCUCGGCGUAUACAAUAUUGUUCACUGGAACCCUCGUGUUUAUCAAGCACUUUCCCCAUAUUACAUGUUUAAGUUCUUGAAGAAGACCAAAAAGGGUGGCUGGAUGUCCCUGGGUGGAAUUUUACUUUGCAUUACAGGAUCAGAAGCAAUGUUUGCAGAUCUUGGGCACUUCUCUUAUACUGCUAUCCAGAUCGCUUUCACUUCAAUAGUAUAUCCAGCACUAAUUCUGGCUUACAUGGGUCAAGCUGCUUACUUAUCGAGGCAUCAUAAGAUCUAUACCAGUUACCAGAUCGGUUUUUACGUCUCAGUUCCAGAGAGCGUGAGGUGGCCUGUGCUCGGAGUAGCGAUAUUAGCUUCCGUGGUGGGAAGUCAAGCUAUCAUCAGCGGAACAUUCUCUAUCAUAAACCAGAGCCAGUCUCUGAGUUGCUUUCCGAGAGUCAAAGUAGUCCAUACCUCUGAUAAAAUUCACGGCCAGAUUUAUAUUCCAGAGAUCAAUUGGAUGCUCAUGAUCCUCUGCAUAGCUGUUACUGUUGGAUUCAGAGACACAAAACACAUGGGCAAUGCAUCUGGACUAGCAGUGAUCUCGGUGAUGCUGGUGACUACAUGCCUGACAUCCCUAGUCAUCAUACUCUGCUGGCACAAGCCGCCUCUCCUCGCGCUGGCUUUCCUCCUCUUCUUCGGCUCCAUCGAGGCCCUCUACUUCUCCGCAUCUCUCAUCAAGUUCCUUGAGGGUGCGUGGCUCCCCAUCCUCCUCGCCCUCAUCCUCAUGACCACCAUGUUCGUGUGGCAUUAUACCACAAUCAAGAAGUACGAGUACGACAUGCACAACAAGGUGACGCUAGACUGGCUCCUCGCUCUAGGCGACAAGCUCGGCAUAGUCCGCGUCCCCGGCAUCGGCCUGGUCUAUACUGAUCUCAUAUCUGGCAUCCCUGCCAACUUCUCUCGAUUUGUAACCAACCUCCCUGCGUUCCACCGUGUCCUAGUCUUUGUCUGUGUGAAGUCCGUGCCCGUGCCUUACGUCCCUCCUGCUGAAAGAUACCUGAUCGGCCGUGUCGGUCCGCCAGACCACCGAUCCUACAGAUGCAUCGUGCGGUACGGUUACCGCGAUGUGCAUCAGGAUGUCGACUCCUUCGAGUCCGAGCUCAUCUCUAGUCUGGCCGAUUUCAUACGGCUUGAGGCUUCGUGUGGCGGACGCCAGUCUGGCCUAUCAUUCGACGAGAACGAGUGCAGGCUGACGGUUAUCGGGAGUAACGUGCUCACUUGUCAUCCGAAUUAUGAUGCUGAGCGGAGCAUCGAGCACAUCAGCGUGUCGGUUGAGAACCCGGGUGAACGGAACGGAAUUGAAUUACCUCCUGUGGGCUCGAAAAAGAAGGUUAGAUUCCUUCUCGACGAAAACAACAGCAAUUCCGUACUGGACAAGCACGUAAGAGAGGAGCUCGAGGAUCUUUGGAUGGCACAAGAAUCUGGGACGGCGUUCAUAAUGGGGCACUCUCACGUGCAAGCGAGUCCAGGGUCGUCGAUUUUGAGGAAGGUGGCGAUCGAUUUCGGGUACAAUUUCUUGAGACGAAACUGCCGGGGUCCCGACGUGGCGCUUAGAGUUCCUCCAGCCUCGCUUCUCGAGGUCGGAAUGGUGUAUGUUUUAUGAUCACCUAAGCCCGCAAACUCGCUGAUCGUACUGCAUUCAACUGCAAGGAGCUGAGUGCAUCAGGCUGGUGUUGGUGGGGAUUUUGAGCAUUGUAAUAUUUAUGAUAGAGAAAAGCAAAUGAUUAAAACUAAGAGUCUCAUCCUGUAGGAAUGUGAAUGUGAUCAAACAGCCUUAAGAAAUCAACUCUCUUUGAGAGCUUCUUUGCUUCGGUUUCUAUAAAGCUGUAGAUGCGAUCUGUACGAGAUAGUAUCAGAAAAACUCUCUUUCUUUGUAAUUAUUAAGCAGUAUAUAGAUUAUGAUCUGCAAUACUUAACUUUA